AUGGAGACCAAAAAAGCGUUUUCCAUUUCACUGCUAAACACUGGACUAGUUCUUGUGAUUCGUACUACUUACUAUACGCAUACUAAGCAGAACUUUAAAAAGGCUGUACAAAUGUUUUCAUUCAAUCUGCUAAAUUAUGAUCAGUCGUUUUUCAUGCUGUAUGUAAUCUCAAUGAUACUUCCAGUUGUAGUAAUGAUAAUGCUGUUUGGCAACGUCUAUUCCAAUAAGAUGAGCAAUUCCCAAUUUGUAUCCAAGGUUGUUAUGAGACAUCUGGUUUUUGGAUAUUUAACAAUGUCAAUAAUCUACGUUAUAAACGUCCUUAAUGAUUAUGUAUUUUUGUCGUACUAUUCUACAAAAAAUCUAGAAAACUACAAUGAGUGGCACAAGUACGUUCUCCACUUCAUCCUUACACCCGUGUUUUUCCUGGAUUCGAUAUAUAGUAUUGAAAUCGAAAAAAUUAAAUAUGAAAACGUUGAUAGGAAUCUAACAUUCAAUAAGAGCUAUUACUAUCUUGCCCAGGUAUUCUUUGGAUCGUAUCUGGUGUAUGCCCUGCUUGUGGUUCUCUUCCUCGACAAUCAACUUGUGGAGCUAUUCUAUGCCCUGUUCAGCAUCAAAAGUAUCAACAAAACUUCGAAAAUCUCAGAGUAUCUGGUAUGUCUGAUUAAUGAUGUAAUAGUCUGUGUUUUUGUGUCCUUGGCCGUGGGAAUCGUUGACCAGGGCAUUACCAUUAUACGGUUCACAACACUGUUUAAAAUAUACUCGAGCGGGACUUCCAUAAAAAACGAAUAUGUCGUAAAAUAA